GGAGCCGGAGCCGUAGGGGAGGCUGGGAGUUGGGCUGUGGUCGUCCGCCAGACUGCUUGUGGGCAGGGAGGGUUCGGCCUUGUGGCAUUGAGGAGUGUGUAUCUAAGCUCCGAAUAGGGCGGUGGGGUAGAUAUUUUAGAGGAACCUGCCAUCAACGUUCUGGAAGCGCUGAGGCCGCGAAGGACAUGUUGUCGACAUGGAGCGAGGGUACCUGGUUCCAGGACGCGGAGAGCCCGGAGGUGGAGGAGUGCAGGCAAGAACACUGGAAGCUUUUGGGUGCCUUGAAGACGACUGUGGAGGGGCUGCUGUCAACCAACAAUCCGAAUGUGUGGUCCAAGUAUGGAGGAUUGGAGCGACUCUGCAAGGAAAUGAACAACAUCAUGUGUCAUGGACUAAUAGAAGACAAGAUAUAUUUACAGCAUAAAGAUUACUGGCCAUUUGUGAAGGAUGUCUGCUGGGUCAAUCCUCAUCUUGCUCAUAAUGAACAGUUGAUGGACUCCGAUGAACAAGCUGUCCCACAGAGUAAUACUCAGAAAGCACAAUAUUGGCUUCACCACAGCCUGCAGUUCCAUUGUUUGUCAUCACAGCUAAGAUCUUUGCUCAGCAAUUACAACUAUACAAGGAAGUUUUACAAAGAGACUGCAUUUCUGUUGAGUAAUCCCCACGUGACUGCAAUGUUCCAGUGUCUGGAGGCUGUGGAACAGAAUAAUCCAAAAAUAUUAGCUCAAAUUGACACAUCUGUGUUUGCAAGAAAGUUUGGUUCCUUCUUACCAAUGGUGAAAAACCAAAGUUUAACUGCACUACCUGGUAUCAAGUGUACCUCCCUUGCAGAGGGAAGUCAACAAAGACAUACAACCUCAUAUACCACACUCUCCGGUCAUUCUACUUUGAACGUCUCAGGUGCUACACUACAAGGGUUCAUUCAUAUAAAUAACUCACAGCAAGAAACCAAGAAGGAGGCACAUUUGGCAUGCUUUCCAGAUUCCGCAGAUAAAUUGCUACCAGAUAAAAGCUCUGGCAUCCACCAGUUCAAUACCAUUCCUUCUGUGGAACCAUUUUCUCCAGUUAGUGAGACAACAGUUAGUACCCCAGUUAGCCAUGGCGAGGACUCAUGGUGUGAAGCACAAGACGAGGGAUCAAGUGAAGUUGAUGACGGACCAGAAUAUUUAGCUAUUGGAAACCUAGGACAGAGGGAUCAAAGUUCAAGUCAAUGCAGUGAUACUUCAUCUUCCUAUUCUGGAUGUUCACACAAAAUAGUUCCAGCUGCAGGGCAAGUUCAUAAAAUUGAUGUUAAAUACAAUAUAUCUUCACUGAAUAUUCCAAGAAGUUCCAGCUUCUCAGAAAUCAAGCCUCUGGAGCGAAAGGGAAGUUUCAAGAAAAGCCAUAUCCGAUCGCAUUCUGAUACUGGUAUAUCAUCAACAAAUGCAGCAGGAGACCUGCGGAAAAUCACAAUUAUAGUAGAGGACCCAGUGGAAGAAUCACAUCCAGAGAUUAGACACCAGAAGGAGAAUGGUCCUUUCUCAGCACAGAGCAGUGAAGUUAGCACUCCUAGCUCUCCUUACAUGGAAGCCGAAGGAUCACAGCGCUCAAACAAUUCCGAUGGAAUGUUUCGUCGGCCAUCACAGGGCCAGUCUCUGAUCAGCUAUCUUUCGGAGCAGGAUUUUGGAAGUUGUGCUGACUUGGAAAAGGAGAAUGCACAUUUCAGUAUCUCUGAAUCAUUAAUUGCUGCCAUUGAACUUAUGAAAUGCAAUUUAAUGAAUAAACACAUGAUGGAGGAUGAUGAAGAUGACAGCGACAAAGAAAUAAGGGAACUAAAACAAAAAAUUCGAAUUCGACGACAACAAAUCCAAACCAGAAAGUUUUUACCUGUGGUCAGGAAUGCUGAGUCAGACACUUUUACCACCACUGAAAGCAGCUCCCCUUUCAGUUCCCAUGAUUCUGCACCAUUAUCAGAUUCUGGAUCCACCACUGAUGGAGUUGAUGAAUUUGAACUAAAAGAUUGUAUUGAUGAGUCUAACCUCAUUCAUAUGUCAGCGAAUGGGCUCUCAGCAUCAAUGGCAUCAUUAUUUUCAGAUGCAGAUAUUAGGAGGAGUUUGGCUUCAAGCACCAAGUCAGUAAUAAACUCUGAGUCCAUUUCAUUUUCAUUCCUUCAUUCCAAUUCGGCUGAGGCAGUUGCUAUGGGUCUGCUCAAACAGUUUGAGGGGAUGCAACUUCCUGCUGCGUCAGAGCUGGACUGGUUGGUUCCUGAGCACGAUGCGCCUCAGAAGCUUUUGCCAAUUCCAGACUCUUUUCCGGUAUCUCCUGAUGAUGGUGAGCAUGCUGAUAUUUACCAACUACGAAUAAGAGUGCGUGGAAACUUGGAGUGGGCACCACCUAGGCCACAAAUAAUCUUUAAUAUACACCCACCCCCCAAGAGGAAGGUGGUUGUUGCCAAACAAAAUUACCGCUGUGCAGGAUGUGGUAUCAAAGUGGACCCUGAAUAUAUAAAGCGACUACGUUAUUGUGAAUAUCUGGGAAAGUAUUUCUGUCAGUGCUGUCAUGAGAAUGUGCAGUCAGCAGUUCCAAGCCGAAUAUUGCGGAAAUGGGACUUCAGCAAGUAUUAUGUCAGUAACUUUUCUAAGGAUUUGUUGAAUAAAAUCUGGAAUGAUCCACUUUUCAACGUUCAGGACAUUAACGUUGCUUUAUAUCGCAAGGUGAAGGCCCUCGAUCAAGUUCAUAUGUUGAGAGUGCAACUAGUUCACAUGAAGAAUCUAUUGAAAACAUGCAGGCUGGCAAAAGAUCUUCUGGAUAACUUUGACAGAGAACCGGGUCAUCUCACUGAAGAUCUUCAUCUAUAUUCACUAAAUGAUCUCACGGCUUUAAAGAAAGGGGAGCUAGCUGGAAGGCUGAAGGACCUUGUGAAGAUAGGCUCAGCCCAUGUGGCACAAUGUAUGCUUUGUCAGGGUAAAGGCUUCAUCUGUGAAUUCUGUGGUAAUGAUACUGAUAUCAUCUUCCCUUUUGAACUCCACAAAUGUAAAAGGUGUGAAGAAUGUAAAGCAUGUUAUCACAAAUCCUGCUUUAAAUCAGAUCACUGUCCUCGUUGUGACCGACUUCAGGCACGUAAAGAAUUACUUGCUAAAAAAACCAUAAAAUGUUAUUCAUCAGAGGUUCAAGGAGGAGAAAAUGAGAGUUCACAGAGUAUGGAUUGUGAUUGAGCAAGAAGACAUAAGUUAACAAAAUUACUUGAAUUUUUUUCAAUGAAGCAUGCACUUAAUUUUUUUAUUCAGGACUGGCACUAAUGCCCAUGCCUAACUCUGCAUACUGAUAAUACAACCUAUUGCCUUCCACAAAUAAAGCUUAUUUUGGUGAUGUUGUCUUUGCUGGUCAGUAAGUUGAUAAUACCUUAUCCAUCCUUGUUAAUUUGACAAUCUAUUUAUUUAAAUGCUUUUAAAAAAUGUGUGAUUGAACGUCCAAAAACUUUUUGUUUGGUGGGAGGGAAGGGAUUGUUCAGUCUGGGCAGUGUGUGUAUUGCACAUCUGAUUGCACUGAAGCUCCAUGCUGAGUGUGAGGAAGUAGCCAUAUCCAUGUUGGAGGAAUGGUGUUUCAGUCAGUUGAAUUAAUUGCAGUUGCCAUUCACAUCUUGGACAGUGGAGAAAAAAUACUUGUGUAUCUGGUAUUCUAUUCUGUGUUUUAACAAAUAGAUAUCACUGAUAUUUUUAUUACUGCUUAAUUGAAUUUAUCUGGUAUUUAGAGAUCAGAUGCUGUUGGGACAGAUGUGUGUUUUGGAUACAACUGUGAGGACUUUUAUUCAAUACCUUAAGACUUCCAGGAAUGUAUAGAACUAAAAAUUCGGGUUAGCGAGCCUAAUUUUUCAAAUAUGAAAGACGUAUCAUGAAUGUAAAAAAAAUGAGCCUCUAUCUGCUUGUAUUGAAACACAACAUCUGAAAUAUUUGGCUGGGUUGUUAGAAAAGCAUGAUAAUUGAAAGAGUCUUACUGAUAUUAUUUUGUUUCCGGGCUAUUUCAUUAUACUGAUGACUUGGAUUAAAUCAAUCUUCUACGAAUGCAGUAUGGCUUAUUGCAAAAGAUUUUUAUUGAGACACUCCAGUGUACAAAUUGUGAAAUGUAUUGAAUAUCAUCAAAGCUAUUUGGUUAUUUAUUGUUAUUUGAGUUUGAUUAUAACUCAACUGUUUAUAUUGUAUGUGCAAGCCCAUUUGUUCAUUUUAGCUAUAUGUGAAAUGUAUAAUGCUAUAACCUGCAUACUGAAUAGUUUGGAGAUCAAUUUUAUUAAAAGUACUGCAUAAAAAAAUUAGGUUUAGACCGAGUGGAAAAGUUGAGAAACAUCUUUACACCUCUUGAGAAUUUGUACUCUUAGACAAAGCCAAUUAAAGCUCAUUUACUAAUGCAGUAGGAUUUCUCUUUUGCAAUGCAUGUUUGGAAAAUUUAUUGUUUCAUUGGAAUGCCUUCAGUUAAAACUUUGAGCCCAUUUCAGGCGGCCACGUGGCUGAAACAAAAAGGUGAUAGUUUAACCUGUUUGUCAAAUAAUAAAAUCAAAACAAAAGGAUUAUAUUGUUUGCAACAGUCUGAGAUCAGCCUUUAGUUUGUUUAAAUCCUAAUGUUUAAGUGGUUCUAAAGAUGCAAUCUACUUCUUUCAAAUGGAACUCAGUUCAAUUUAUGUUCAAAAGUAAUCUUAUAUAAAAGACAUUGCUAGGUUUUUCUUGUAGUUUUAAUUAACCAUCUGUUUUGGGAUUUUUUUCCUUUUUUUUAAAGACUAUUCUUUGUCACAUACAGCAAGUCCUUAAUAUCACUUCCUCUCAAUUUUUUUCCUGUUUGGGAAAAUAUGACUAGAUUUAUCGCAGUUUGAAUGUAUAUUCCUAUAAUUUCAAAGACAAACUACUGUAUGUUUAAAAAGGGAGAUCUGUAAUAGAGAAUCAAAUGCUAAGAUAGACACAUCGCCUCUUAUUUCAUGCUAUGUAGGAGACUGAUAUUUGUGAAAGAUCUCCAUGCUGUACGAUUCUGAAAAGAAGAUGAAACUACUUAUCUAAACCUGGAGAUGGACUAAGAACAAGAGGUGGAGGAUCUGUCCUUUUAAUCCCUUGAGCCUCUCUACCAUUCAAAAAGGCCAUAAUCAAUCUCCUGCACAUUUCAUGCCAUAUCUCUUGAUUCCUCUAAAAUCCAGAUCUGUUUAGAACACAGGCAAUGAUUGAACCUCCAUAGCCUUCCAGCACUCUUAAUUCCAAAGUGAAGAUUCCAUUGAAAAUUCCAAGUGAAGAAAUUUCUUUUCAUUUCAAUACUAAAAGGUCUAACCUCAUUUCAAGGCAGCCCCCAAGUCCAAACCAUGCCAACCAGGGGUAAUAUUCUCCAGUAUCUAACCUAUUGGACCACCUUUAAAGAAAAAUGUUUGUCUCAAUGAAUUCACGUUUCAUGGUGAUGUAUAAAAUCGAUGCUAAGACCACUCAAUUUCUCCUCCAGAUGACCUCAAUCACAGGAACCAGCAUAGUCAGCCUUCCCUGCACUUUAUAACUGUUUUGAAGUAAAGAAAGGAAAGUUAUACAUGAUACUCCAACUACAGUCUCAGCAAGACCCUAUGUAAUUAUAAUAAGAUGUACUUUUACUAAAGUUAUUUUGGAACUAGACCCAUUGAAUCAUUUACUUUCCUAAAUGGUUGCUGUACCUAUAUGUUAGCUUUGUAUGCAAGGACACCCAGCCCCCUUUGAAAAUUAAUAUUUCUUAAAUACUCAGCAUUUCAAUGUUUUUUUUCUACUUUUGUAGAUAACCGCUCAUUUUAUUGCAUGGUACUGCAUCUAGUCACAUUGUUGUGCACUUAGAUUAUCUAUGUCUUGCAUCCUCAUCCCUAUUCACAUUUCCACUUAGUUUCUUGGUUGUCAGCAAACAUAAAAAUGUUAAAUUUGGUCACCUACUGCAAUCUUUACGCUAUUCUGCUGUUCUGCACUUAUUGUUGUAUUUAUCUUAUUAAUACUGUAUGUACUGUUCACUCUGUGAGCCUCAUACAAGCAAGGAAUUUCAUUGCACCCUGCACUAUGCAUGGCAAUUAAUCUAAUCGCCAAAGGCAUUGAAAGGGAGUGUGAAUAUUUGCAGCCCAAACUCAGACUUCUACAGUAACACACUAGAUACAGUAUCAUUUUGAGAAGGAUUUAUUUAUUCCUUGUCUUUGUUUUCUAUCUGUUUUUCCAACUCUAAAUCCAUCCUGGUAAAUUCAUUCCAUGACGAACAAAUUACCAGGCCUUAUUGAAAGUCUUAUGAAUAUACAUUUACAUCAAUUUCUUGUCUCCUAAUCUACUGUACUAGAAACCUUAAAGAAUUCCUUUAGAUAGGUUUAUCAUUAUUUCCUUUUCAUAAAUUCAUGUUGACACUGUUCAGUAAAAUUUAAAAAUGUCUUAAUAUUCAAAUCCUUUACAAUGGAAUCCAGCCGUUCUCUGCUUCUGAUGCCAGGCAAAACAGAUCAGUGUUUUUCCCUUCAUGGUGGUGGUCUCACGUUUGUUAUAUUCCAAUCUAAACAAACUGUUCUAGGAUCUACUGAAUUUUAGAAGAUAAUAACUGGUGAAUCCACUAUCUCCAUUGUGAUUUUCUUUUUAAUUUGGGAUGUAGGUGCUUCGGAUCUGUCAGUUUUCAGGCUUAUUAAUUUCUCUAGUUUUUAAAUUUUGAAUUUCAUUACUUAACCUUUUGGUUGCAUAGCUUUUCUGGGAAGAUUUUUUUUUGCCACCCAUAAAACGGACUCAAAAUUUUAAUUUUAUUUCGUUAGUCCUAAUCAUAUUUUUUUUAGCAUUCCAUACCUUCUCUUGUUAGAGAAUAGUUUCAUAAAUUACCUGUAAGAUGUUUUAUAAAAUAUUGGUAAAGUCUUCAGUGUAAUCUAUAUCUAAUGCAGAAUUUAUCUUGAGUUCUUUUGAAUGGUGAAUUGCAAAGAGUUUCACCAUUCUCCAAAGAACAUAAAUUAAGUUUUAUUUUGUUGGCACAUCUGCUGCCUCUCAGUUGUUUUAAUUCAGUUUCAGUCUUGACUUGAGGAACUGUAUAUGUGGGGUUUCCAUUGCUGUCAUUAUGACCAAGUGGAUUUUCCCCAGAUAUUCUAGUUUCCUUCUAUAUCCCAAAGAUAAGCGGAUUGGUUAGUUAAUUAGCCACUGUAAAUUGCACCUAGUAUGUUAUGAGUUGUAGAAAGGGGGGCAAGUUUAAUAGGAAUGUGGCAAAAUUAAAAAUUGGAUUGGUAUGAAUGGAUGCUUGAUGGAUCAUAGGGCUUGUUUCAAAGCUGUAUGACCCUAUAUUCAUUAGUAAAUUUACUCCAUCACAAAUAGUGAACAUUUGGCCAUCAGUUUGUAAACAGAAGUAACAAAUAUUUUUGGUGAAUAGGGAAUCUGUUGGGAAUAUUAGCACUAAGUUGUAAUCUUACUCAAUUAACGGAGCUUUGAAAUUGGGUUCUUGCUCCUAUUAGAAGCAAGACAAUAUGUGCAGUGCCUAGAGAAUUAAGAUAUUUGUAAAAUGCUUUACAAAAGCCUGAUAGCACUGUAGAUAAAUGUAUCAUGUGGGCGUGAUAGACUAAGUUCAAGGUAUCAUCCCAAUCAAGUUUUUUUGCUGAUUUUGUCCAGGGCAAUAGUGAGGUACUACAGUGGGUUUUAGUAUUCGUAGAAUUUUACUGUGGAGGUGAAUGUGCAUGUGUUUAACUGCAUGAAUACGAAGUUGUACCUAGUGUGAUGGCUCACAUGACUAAAUAGCCACUAUCCACUCAGAUUAAAAAUGAAUUGUGGAAUACUUCGUCAUUCCGGGGGCUGCUGCUGUCUGUGUUACUAUAACCCAGAUGAAUUGUUACCUAGGAAACAGGAAUGAAAUGAUUACGAAAAACAUUCAUCAAAGAUUUAUUUAUUAAGAGUGUAUAAUCGUUCUUGUCAGUUUUCUACUAAAGAGCUGACUAUCCUGGUAAUUACUUGUUCAUGUAGCUAUUAUUGCUGUGUGAGCUGUAGUAAAUGUUUUAUCAAGCUAUUUCAUAGUAGAAGAUUUUUUUACUGAAAUAAUCUUGCAAAAAUUGUGGAGUAAUCACAUUUUCUUUUGCUCCAUCAUCAUGGAGGUAGAUUAAAAUUUCUCAUAAUAAAAGAUAUUUCUCUAGCCAAGGGAUCAAGCUUCCUACCUUUUUAGUUAGGAUGAACUGAAUCAUGGGGAAACUGGACAAAUUUUGUCAGUGAUUUUUCUUUUAAUUAGAAACAAUUAAAGUUAAUUUAAUUACAGUUGUGAUUUGGAGGUUUUUAAAUUUUGUAUUGAUUAAAAGAUACUCCCUUAAAACUCUGCAGCUAUUGUGACCUUUGAACAUAGAUAUAAGGAAAUAAUGUACUUAAGGGGCAGCAGGUUCCCACCGUGUUAAUAUCUAAGCUUGGUAGAAUGACGUGUCUUUUUCUGUUUUUGUAUGCCACCUGCAAUGAACUAUUAUUUGAAAUUGGAGAAAGGUCACAGUUUGUGUUUCUCCUUAUCUGUAAUCAGUCUUCUAAAUACCACAAUUUAAGAACAAUUAGUGAUGAGCUAUCAUGAUAUACAAUCUGAAUAUUUUAAAUUACAGAAUGUAAAAUGUUUUCCUAAGAAUGUAGAAAAUUUCAUUGUGUUUUAUAAAACUUUGUUAAUUGUGAAAUUUCCCUCUUUUACCUGCCUUUGCCACGUACACACACUUCCAAAAAAAGUCAAUCUCCAAUUGAUAAUCCUGCACUUUGGAUGCGAAAAGGGAGAACAUAGUAGCGUAUUAAACCUGUGAUCAACCAGUUUUCCUCUUGUGGCAUCAGAUUGUCUGUUAGGUAAGGGAAACAUAACCUACUUUGUUUUUAUUAAUUAUUUUUCCAGUUUAUCCCUGUAUAUUUAAAAAUGAACAUAUUAUAAUUGUUUUGAACAGUUUUGUGUAGAUUCCUCUUUGAAUCUGGUCUCUGAAUGUUCUCCUUACCCAUUUAGAAAAAAAAUUGGUACUCCUUUGUUAUUUCAUGAGGAAAUUAUGAGGAAGGAAAUGACUUAAGUGUUUGUUAAAUGGAAACAACUGCUGGUAGUAUUGGGCAAAUCAUGUGAAUGUGUACACUAUAACAUUUAGUUUGCUAUUCUUCUUUAUAUAGUGUAUACUCCAAUAAGAGCAUAUCUGGAUAACAUGACAAUAGUUUGUGGAAGUUUCUCAUUAUGUCUUGUACUUUUGUACCAUAUAUUGUAAAUAAAGCAUACAAAUGUCACACAUUUCUAAUUCAUUCUCUGUAAGAGUGAGUGGUUUUCAUGUUUUAACUUUUUUGAGGUUGCAAGAAUAAACCACUAAAAAGUUUUGUGUAGUAACUACAGUUCUUAAAGACAGUUCAUCUUCUGAAUAAUUUCAUAUGUUCAUGUAUAUGUGAAAUACGAGCAAGAAAGGAAGUUUUAUUCUUUCAAGCUUAUCAAAGCCACCAAGAGGUUCAGCCAUCUUGACAAGUUAAAUAUUCUCAUUUCUUUGUCAGUACCUCUUGUACAGAUCUGCUGUACUAUGACUUAGAAAUGUUGAUAUUGGAAAAUUAAAGGUAUAAAGUUACUUUGAUUGCACUUGUUGCUAGUUAUUAUUUAUACACUGAAUAUGGGCCAGGGUGAUUGAAUAUUGGUUGUUUUUACUUAAGCCAUGUUUUCAGAUUAUUUCAGGAGGAAUAUUGAGGAUAAUACACAAAUGGAAUAGAAAAAUAUAGAAAUUAAAAUUUUAAACAAGUUGUGAAAUACUGACUAGCUAGCACCAUGAAGUGUGGGGGGGGGGCGAAACUGUGUGGUCUAUAUUUCAGAUAACAGAUUCACUAUUGCAGUGUACAGUCCUUUCAAAAUUAAAUUUUAACACUUUUUAAAAGAAGCAGCUGAAUAAGAUGCAGUAAAACAUACUUCCAUCAAUCAGAUAAAUGCAUGGACAGGUAAUAAAAUUCCCAUUGGAUGACAGAUACAGCAGAGUUAUGUAACUGAUAUAAUAUCAAUAGGCAUGCUAAUCCAGUUUCUCUGACUAUAUCAAUUAAAAUAAUCUGUAUCAAGUACAAUCUGAUGAAUAUUUGUCAUGUAAAGUACUCCAGUACAGAAAUCUAAUGUAUUAUUCCCAGUUAAUUUCAUAAAACAAACAUUAAUGAGUAUAAUGUUUGCUGAUUUAUAAAACUCUUGCAUUUAUAUGGUUUUCUAAUUUUAGUGUUAAUUUUCAAUAUCCUGUAUAUGAAUUGCAAAGCAAAAUAUAUUUUUAUUUGAAGCAUUGGCAUAUGUAAACUCUAAUGUCAAAAUCUCUGUUUUAAUUCAGACAGGGAUUCUUCGAUUCUUGUAUAUGGUUAGAACUGAAGGCAAACAAAUUUGCAUUGUAAUCCCACUCAGUAACCCACAAUAAAAGCAUUC